AUGGCGUCCAACAAGACUCACUUAUACGUCGUGCCAAAUAAGAAUCGCCUAUAUGUGACUGUGUACCCAGACGACGACGCCCCCGACGACAAGGAAAGCUUCAGCUGGGGUUUCCUCAUCGGGCCAAAGCACGAGGACACCGUCAUCAACCCCGGCGUGCGAUACUACAUCGACCGUUCGCCGGUCCCGGCCACGAGCGAACAUCCCGAGGGCAGCAGCGGCGGCGGCGGUCGUAGCUUCCGCUGGCGGUACGCCGAGGACGCGCUGCCCAGCAUCAAGUGCCCGGCGCGCAUGUACGCGCGCAUCCUCAUCGCCAAGAUUGAGGACGAGGACCGCCUCGAGCGGCUCCUGCGCGAGACGCCGCGGCCGCGCGCCCCGGAGGAGGGCGAGGAUAACCCCCUCGCCGCAGCGCUGCGCGUGGGCUACAACUCGCAGGUGUGGGCGUCGCAGGUGCUGGCCCGUCUAGCCGGCAUGGGCCGCAAGCGCAAGGACCGCAUCGUCGGAACGGCCGUGCUAGACUGGCAUCGCAUCGAGCAGACGGCGCGGUGGUACGUCGCGGAGAAGAUGGCCGCUGACAGAUACAACGAGGACUAUCUAAGGGAGACGCAGCAUCGGUUGCCAAAGCCGACGUGGGAUAUGCUGCUGGACCGAGAGAUAGCUGGUUGA